AAAGUCAAAACCCCUAAAACUGAAUUUAGGGUUUUUGCUUGCUCUGUUUCUGUAAGCAGUUACUCAACUCCUUCACAAAAUUCGAUUUUGUUCACAUUAAGUUUUUGAUUUUAACGAAAACUUAUUCUUUUCCCAACAAUGGAUGUAGAGUACCCGGUUGAAGAUUUAGAAUGUGACUUAAGUGAUGAAUUCGAAGAAGAUGAAGACUUAAGUGACGCUGAGGAGCAUAAAGAUCAGUUGGAAAGACUAAAAACUAAGCAACCUGAGUUCUUUCAGUUUUUGAAAGAGAACGAUAAAGAGCUUCUACAAUUUUCUGAUGAAGAUAUUGAGGAAAAUGUUGAUACAGACGUGGAGGGUGCAGAAAUGGAAGAUGAUGAAAAAGAUGGUCGACAUGAAAUGGAGAAAAAGGAAGAGAAACUGUCUAAAAAAGCGAUUACUUCUGAAAUGGUAGACUCUUGGUGUAAAUCAGUUCAAGAAGAUGGGAAAAUAGGUGCUAUUCGUUCUCUAAUGCAAGCUUUCAGAAUUGCUUGUCACUAUGGUGAUGACAGUGGGGAUGAUGCGUCUACGAAGUUUACAAUCUUGUCAAGCAGUGUCUUUAAUAAGAUAAUGUCAUUUGUAUUUAGAGAAAUGGAUGGAAUUAUUCGUAAAUUGUUGGGAUUACCUGAAUCUGGUGGUAAGAAAGAAACUAUAAAUGAUGUCACGAGUACAAGAAAAUGGAAGAACUACAACCAUCUGGUGAAGUCAUAUCUUGGAAAUGCUCUACAUGUUUUGAACCAAAUGACCGACGCAGAUAUGAUAUCUUAUACAUUCCGCCGUAUCAAAUAUUCAUCGGUGCUUUUGUGCGGUUUUCCAAAUCUGUUGCGUAAGUACAUUAAGGUUGCUCUUCACUUUUGGGGCACAGGAGGAGGUGCCCUUCCAGUUGUAUGUUUUUUCUUUCUGAGAGAGUUAUGUGUUCAACUUGGAUCUGAUUGUUUGGAUGAAUGCUGCAAAGGGAUAUACAAAGCCUACGUUUUGAACUGUCAGUUCAUAAAUGCAACAAAGUUACAGCACAUCCAAUUUCUUGGGAACUGUGUCAUUGAAAUUCUUCGUGUAGAUCUUCCAACUGCAUAUCAACAUGCAUUCGUCUUCAUUAGGCAGUUGGCGAUGAUUUUGCGUGAUGCACUUACUAUGAAAACUAAGGAAUCAUUUCGCAAAGUUUAUGAAUGGAAGUUCAUUAAUUGCCUUGAGCUUUGGACUGGAGCUGUCUGUUCUUUUAGUUCAGAAGCUGAUUUUAGACCUCUUACUUAUCCAUUGACCCAAGUUAUAACUGGAGUUGCCCGCCUAGUUCCAACUGCUCGGUAUCUUCCCCUUAGAUUGAGGUGUGUUAGAAUGCUGAAUCGGAUUUCUGCUUCGACUGAUUCAUUUAUUCCUGUUUCUAUGCUCCUUAUGGAAAUGCUGGAUAUGAAAGAAUUGCAUAAACCUCCUACUGGUGGGGUUGGGAAAGCUGUAGAUUUGCGUACCGUACUAAAGGUGAGCAAGCCUACCCUAAAGACCCGGGCAUUUCAAGAGGCAUGCGUUUAUUCAGUGAUUGAAGAGCUUACGGAACAUUUAGCACAAUGGAGUUAUUCUGUUGCUUUCUUCGAAUUAUCUUUCAUUCCAGCAGUGCGAUUACGUAAUUUUUGCAAAACUACCAAAAUUGACAGGUUCCGGAAAGAAAUAAGACGACUAGUUCGUCAGAUUGAUACUAAUUGUAAGUUUACUAAUGAAAAGCGGAUGCAGAUUAAUUUUCUACCAAAUGAUCCGGUGACUGCAUCUUUACUUGAGGAUGAGAAAAAGUUGGGGACCAGCCCUCUGUCAUGUUAUGUUACAAUUUUACGCCAGAGAGCACAACAGCGAAACGAUUCAAUGGAAGAAUCCAGCGUUCUUGUGGGCGAACACUCCUCUGUGUUUGGCAAUAAGGUGUCAGAAAUUGAUGACGAACAUGAUUCUGAAGAUGAGAAUGGCGCUGCUGUCUUUAGCUCCUCUUGGUUACCGGGAGGUGAACCGAAGGAUAAGGUUCCGAAAGAGAAAACAAAAAAGAAGAAAGGGAAGAAACAAGAAGAGGGACUUUUCGAUGAAGAUGUUGUGGAAGACCUGGUGCUUAGUUCUGAUGAAGAUGGGUCUGAAAAUGAUUCCGAUUCCUCUUUCGAAGAUGAGGACGGAAACUCAGUGCCUUCUAAACAGCAGAGCACGAAGCAGAAUCCUCCUCAAAGUUCAUCGAAAAAGAGAUCUCAUCAGAAUAAGAGAAAGAAGAAAUCUUCAUCAGCAAGUCACUCACCAUCUGAUGGUAAAGGUAAUAAAGCAAAACCUGUGAGUUCUAAACAGCAGAGAAAGAAACCAAAGGCUUCUGCUAAUUUUUCCAACAAGAGAAAAAGAACCAAUUGAUGUAUAAGCAAUGUUGAGAAAUGGAAGAAAAUGAUAUGAUAAGAUAUUGGAUUUUGCCUUAUUUUUUGAGAAUAUUAGCCCUACUACGGGCUUGGUCCUUUUUAUUAUGAUUUUCACGGUCCCAAAUGUUCAUUUAACA